AUGGACGACGAUAUCAUGAGCAACGCAAGCAGUCGACCGUGUAAUGACCCAAGAGUCUUUCCAGAUCUCAUGGGCUCUUCGCUGGCCAAUCUACCUUACGAGCCAUUCAUCAUGGACUUCGACACGGAGAUGGAUCUGUCUCCCUUUGGCAUGCCACACAUGAGUGGUAUACCGCCCCCAGCUAGCGGAAGCCUGCCCGGAUUCGAGGCAGAGACGAAGACGAUUGAUACAGCCAUUCUACAAGAUCUUAUUGAGGGGAACUCGCCAAUGGAUAUGCCAACACCGUCGGGUCUGUUUUCACACAGUGAUCUCAGCUCUAUGCAAGCUCCAUCCCUGGCGCCGGACAGCCUCAUGUCGUCAACCAUUCCCACGACCGCCAAAAACUCCCCCUCAGAAGAGAUACCCCUCAUAGACUUCUCCAGCACGGCUUGCUAUCAAUCACUUUCCAACCUCAACCUUCGCAUCCUCGCCUCCACUGCCAAGACUGGUCCCACCGCCAACAACAGUGCAGUCAUACUGAAAGAUGUUGUCGGCUUCUCUGGCGAGCUGAUUGAAACGGCGAGACAAAGCAUGCCCUACUUUAUUGGCUCAUUGCAUCAGAAUCGUGGGUCAAUUGGCCAGAGGACCAACUCAAGCAGCUCUGGCAGCGAAGAUGGGUUCUCAUCAACGGACUCAUACAUCAGCGGCGCACAGGCAGGCUCUGUUCCUGAGUCGGCCGUCAUCUUUCUGCUCUUGGGAUGUUACACGCAGAUCCUCCACUUGUUCGAGGUGACCACCAACUGCCUCUGGGAGCAGCACUGCGAGAAUGCACAUCCAGAUCAUCCCAAAGAGGACAACUCGGGUACAGUUGGCUCCCUGCUAGAAGCGUCGCUGGCAAUACACACUGUGACGUACCUCCUCAGCCGGCUACAUCGAGCCUUGGCCGUGGGCGAGGGGCCACUGGAGGACGAGGCUUCCUCCAUCGAUCCUCAUUCGUGGAAGAAGUCAUUCGUGGGAGGGAAGGAGUUGGAGGACGGCUUACUAGGACGGGCGUUUGGCGAGAUUCGGCACAGGGAACUCUGGCUGAUGCAAAGGACUCAACAUCUGCAGCGGCGUAUCAAUACGUGUCGCAUAUAG